CCCGAGUCAGUGGGCUCUGACCUCGCCUUUCCUCGCUCUUCCCGUGAUCGACAUGUCGAACACGAUGGAGGACGCCGGCGCCAUUCUUCGCGAGAUAUCCUCUUUUAAGGACAUGCUCGACCAGGAAGCAAAACUGACAAGCUAUUUUCAAGAUAGUAAUGGAUUGUUCUGAAUGGUGUUCAGUAGGUCAAUGAAGAGAUUGAGAAGACUAUUCAGAGGACCAGAGAAAUUGAAUCAGAAAUUUUAAAGCUUUCUGAAAUUGAAGAUGGUCAUACCAUGAGGGAAUGUGAGUUGUCAAAGAUCAUAACAGUUAGGGGUUUUGAGCUUGAAGCUUCAAUCCAAGUAGCUGCCAUUUCAAGGGCCUCUGCAGAAUCAAUGGAAAGGGAAUCAGGAUCUCUAAAGAUUAACCGUGAUAUCAUUGAGAAAAGAAUUUAUGAUAAAAGCAUUGGAUGCUGAGAUACAUAAUCAAAGAUCAGAAUACAUGCGAGUGAUUGAUGACAUCAAUGAUUUGAGGAUUCUCUUAGGAUCCAUCAGUUCGUUUGAAGAUUCUUAAAUUUCAGCAACCAUGUUUCCCCUCAAGUCACAUGCUUUGAGCAAAAUUUAAUGCAUAAGGCUGCAAGUUUCUUUUUGUUCUUCAAAGAAUUGGUUCAGUUUGAAGAUUUUUUUCUUCCAGUGCUUCUUUCUUCGACAGGCUAGUUUUUUCUUCAGUGGCAUUGUAUCGAGGGGCAGCCAUGGUAUAUUAUAUUUUUCAGAAGAUGGUACGCUUUGCUUACAGAAAACAAUUGAUCUACAGAUAUUGUCACUAAACCAAUAACAUGCUCUAUGACGGAUAAAUGCAUCUCUGUAUGUGGUUCCUAUUCUAAAAAUUGAACAAUUAGCACCGAUCAAGUAUUUUUGUGCCGCCAUGAGUUUGCUAUGAUUUAAAGAUGUCAUUGGCUUUUCUUCCAAUUAUCUCAUAAAAUUUUCAUAAUUUUCUUCUCUUCUUUUACGUCGGAUGUCUGCAACUUAUCAGGCUAUUCAUUCUUGUUCAUGGCAAUUUUUUGUGAAGAUUCAUUUAUACUCUGUUAGAAUGUUUCAAGUUGAACUGUAUUUUUUUGGUUUUCAGAAUUUGAAAGCGGAAACUGAAGGGGAAUGAACUGUAGGAAGAACUUGGAUAUUGUAUAUUGAGAUUUAGACAUACUGUUGUAUUACAUUUAUUUCUUCCUGUGCUAUAAUUUUUUUAUUGUUGUACAGAUACCAAAAUGAGUAUAUAUAUAUAUAUAUAUAUAUAAAAGAGACUGAAGCAUCAGAACGUGCGUUGCAGUAGUAUUCUCUUUUGCUGGCACGUUUCUGCCACCUCCUUUGUUUCGUUCUCUUCCUCUAUAUGAGCAGCUCGACUCUUGCGGUGGUGGGAGACCGAUAGCGGCUUGGGAGGAGGAGGAGGCGCGUGAUGGUGGAGCACUUGCUGGGGCUGCUGAGGGUGCGGGUGGCGAGAGGCGUAAACCUCGCCGUGCGAGAUGUCACCACCAGCGACCCUUACGUCGUCCUCCGGAUGGGCAAACAGAAAUUGAAGACCAGAGUAAUAAAAAAGAAUACUAAUCCUGUUUGGAACGAAGACUUGACACUAUGCAUCGAGGAUCCUUCACUUCCAGUCAGGCUUGUGUGUUCCAAACUAAGAAUUCGAGCGAUACUAUAUUUCAUCUUCCCAGUCAUUAAUGCUUCAUCAUCUUCCACCGGUGACUGCGUGCAGCAAGUGUUCGACAAGGACCGGUUCACCAAGGAUGACGCCAUGGGCCAUGCGGAGUUCGACAUCCGCCCAUUUCUGGAGGCCGUGAAGAUGAACCCGCAAGGCGUUCCCGAGGGCACCAUAAUACGGAAGGUGGUGCCCUGCAGACAGAACUGCUUGGCGGAAGAGAGCGUUGUGCGGUGGUGCCAUGGGCAGGUGACGCAAGACCUCGCUCUCAGGCUCAAAGAUGUGGAACGAGGUGAAGUCGAGCUGCAGCUGCAGUGGGUCGACAUUCCAGGUGCUAAGGGCUUGUAGAACCCUUCCUCUGCCUUACUAUGUAUUUCCUUAAUUUCUCCUACAGAUCCUUCUCCAUACUUUGCCUUGUUGAUCUGCUACUGAGGUAAAUGUACAGAUUUCUGGGUGAAACAAUGCUCAGCCUCAGCAAUGAAGUCUCCUCCUCGUGUACCA